CAUUGUUAAUGACUGCUCAGUAGGAUCUAAUCUGCUUUUGCUCGUGUUCCUGGCGGGGGAACGAUUGAGUGUGGCACGACGGAAGCACAUGGCAGAAGUCGACCAUGUGAAGAGAGAAGAUGAAUUUUGGGGGAAGUGGUAGAUUAGUUUUACUGAGAGGACAUUAUUUGUGUUAAAAUAUAUAUAUGUGUGUGUGGUAAUUACAAUUAUUAACUUAUAAUUGCGUUGCGGGAAGACAUAUUCAGUCGACAUGGGCAAAAGCAAAACUAAGAACCAGAAGAAGUCCCGGGCCAACGCCAUUCACUUGGCCCAGGAAGAUUUCGGAACUGUCCCCCACUCGUUCGUCUUUCACCGGGGACAAAUUGGCAAGAAUGUGAGCCAGCUGAUCGUGGACAUGCGGAGAGUCAUGGAGCCUUACACCGCAGAAUCUCUCAAGGUCCGCAAGAAGAACGUGCUGAAAGAUUUUGCUGCAGUAGCUGGGCCGCUGGGAGUGACUCACUUCUUAAUCUUCACGAAAACAGAGAACAGUGUUAACUUGAGGCUUGCUCGUUUACCAAGAGGACCCACGCUGCAUUUUAAAGUUUCGCAGUACUCGUUAAUCAAAGACGUGGUUUCUUCGUUGAAGCGGCACAGGAUGCACGAUCAGCAGUUCACUCAUCACCCCUUGCUGGUGCUGAAUAACUUCGGCAUGCCGGGGAUGCAUGUGAAGCUGAUGGCCACCAUGUUCCAGAACAUGUUCCCGUCCAUCAAUGUGCACAAGGUGAGCCUGAAUGCCAUUAAGAGGUGUGUCAUGAUUAACUAUAACCCCGAGACCCAACUGAUUGACUUCAGGCAUUAUAGCUUGAAGGUAGUCCCGGUGGGGAUGAGCAAAGGAAUAAAGAAGCUGCUUCAGGAAAAGUUUCCCAACAUGAGCAAGUUUGAGGACAUCAGCGAACUGCUCAUGAAGGGCGCGAACCUGUCUGAGAGCGAGGCAGAGCUGGACGGGGAUCACAAUACCACAGAGCUGCCGCAGGUCUAUGCUGGCCGUGGGAACAUGAAGGCACAGCAGAGUGCAGUGCGGCUCAUAGAGAUCGGCCCGCGCAUGACUCUGCAGCUGAUUAAAAUAGACGAAGGCAUGUGUGAAGGGAACGUGCUUUAUCACGCUAUCAUUGAGAAGACGGAGGCAGAGAUUCAGGAGAUGCUGGCGAGGAAGCAGAAGAAGCUGAAACUGAAAGCGGAGAGGAAGCUGAACCAGGAGCGGAACGUCGCGGUCAAGAAAGAGCAGCGCGAUGAGAACAAGAAGAGGAGCCUGGAGGGGAUUAAGAAGAAGCUACCGCCAAAGGCUGGAGAGGAAGGGGACAGCGACGCAGAGGAUCCUGGGAAGGAGGAGGACCAGGCUGCAGCUGACCAUUCGGAGGACGAUGAAGUAGAGUACUACAGACAGGCAGUCGGGCAGGAGCCAGACGAAGAUAUGUUCCCUGCAUCCAAACGAAAGAAAGGUCCGGGAAAGUCUCCCCAUCCUUUCAAGAAAAGAAAGCCCUCCUCCGAAAGAGGGAGCAGGAUGGAUCGGGACCCCUCGCGGGACAGGACGCCUGGAAAGCGGGGAGAUCGACUGGGCAUGAAGGACAGAAAAUUCGGAGUAAAGAAAGAGCGGACGAUGGGACCCAAAUUCAAGGUCCAGAAGGGAAAACCCCGACCUGGGUUCAAAAGAAAACCUCAGUCCAAUGCGAAGCCCAACGCAAGCAGAGGUUUCAAACAGAAAAGAGGCAAAGGGAGGCAUUUUUUAUGCUUUGGUUUUAAAUUAACUACUUUUUCCUACACAAUUAUUUUUGUCAAAAUGUCAAAAAUGUCAAACUGUACAAAAAGCAUUAAUUCUACUUUCCAAGAAAACUUUUUGCCUCCGGUAUUCGGGGUGGAGUUUUGCGUGGCACUUUUGGGCAACAGCCUGGCUAUAUGGCUUUUGCUAACACGAGAAAGAAGACACUGGCACACAGGAAUCGUCUUUGUCUUUAACCUGGCUGUUUGCGACCUCCUCUACGUGCUGUCCUUGCCCCUGUUAAUCGGCUACUAUACGAAUGACAAGAACUGGAUCUUCAGCGACGCGCUCUGUCGGAUAGAACGGUUCCUGUUUACCUGCAAUUUAUACGGGAGCAUCUUUUUCAUCACCUGCAUCAGCCUGAACCGCUACGUGGGGAUUGUGCAUCCGUUUUUCAUGCGCAGCUACGUGCAACCCAAGCACGCCAUGAUGGUCAGCCUCGCGGUGUGGUUCUUGGUGAUCGGCAUUUGCUCGCCCGUCUUCCAUUUCUCGAUGACGGAGGAGAAGGGAAACACAACGGAGUGUCUGGGAAGCGCGACGGAUGAUAAAAUCACAGAGUACAUUCCCUAUAGCUUGUUCCUGGCCUCCUUCGGGUGCGCGUUGCCGUUUUUGGCUACUUUCGCUUCCUAUUUUGCCAUCCUGGUGGUGGUUUGGAAAAACGACAACAUUACAAAUGCGGAGAAAAGAAAAGCAGGGGUGAUGAUUUUCACAGUCAUUGUGCUGUACGUGGUCUCCUUCAUCCCCUACCACGUUCUUCGUAACGUUAACCUGUUUAAUAGAGAUGAUAGCUGCUCCCGACCCCCCAGCAUGACAAUCUAUGAUGGCUACCAAGUUAGCAAAGUACUGGUUACUUUGAACAUGUGCAUCCAUCCGCUACUCUACGUAUCGGUUUUCGACAGCAUGAGGGCUAUUUGUGGACUGUCCACCUCUAGCGACUCAACAGACAGCUACAAAUGAGACGCUGCAAACUCC